AGGAGCAUGCGCGGAAGCCCGGUAGGGCGCGGGCCGCUAGCGCGGCUCCCCGACCAUGGCGAAGAAGCGGGGCCAAGACGAAGACCCCGGUCCCAACCCAUCGGUGCUGUUCCUGCACCCGGACCUGGGCAUGGGCGGUGCCGAGCGGCUGGUGCUGGACGCGGCACUGGCGCUGCAGGCGCGCGGAUGUAGCGUCAAGAUCUGGACCGCGCACUACGAUCCUGGCCACAGCUUCGCGGACAGCCGCGAGCUGCAGGUGCGCUGCGCCGGGGACUGGCUCCCGCGCAGCCUGGGCUGGGGCGGCCGCGGCGCCGCGCUCUGCGCCUACGUGCGCAUGAUCUUUCUGGCGCUCUACGUGCUGUUUCUCGGGGACGAGGAGUUCGACGUGGUCGUGUGCGACCAGGUGUCUGCCUGCAUCCCAGUGCUCAAGCUGGCCAGACGGCCCAAGAAGAUCCUGUUUUAUUGUCACUUCCCAGAUCUGCUUCUCACCAGGAGAGAUUCUUUUCUGAAACACUUAUACAGGGCCCCAAUUGACUGGAUAGAGGAAUACACCACAGGCAUGGCGGACUGCAUCUUAGUCAACAGCAGGUUUACAGCUGCCGUUUUUAAGGAAACAUUCAAGUCCCUGUCUCACAUAGACCCCGAUGUCCUCUACCCAUCUCUGAAUGUCACCAGCUUUGACUCCACUGUUCCUGAAAAGCUCGAUGACCUCGUCCCCAAGGGGAAGAAAUUCCUGUUCCUCUCCAUCAAUAGAUACGAAAGGAAGAAAAACCUGACUUUGGCACUGGAAGCCCUAGGAAAACUGCGUGGAAGGUUGACUUCCCAGGACUGGGACAAGGUUCAUCUGAUCAUGGCAGGUGGUUAUGAUGAAAGAGUCCUGGAGAAUGUGGAACACUAUCAGGAAUUGAAGGAAAUGGUCCAGCAGUCCGACCUUGGACAGUGUGUGACCUUCCUGCGGUCUUUCUCAGACACACAGAAGAUCGCGCUCCUCCAUGGCUGUACCUCUGUGCUUUACACACCAAGCAACGAACACUUUGGCAUCGUCCCUUUGGAGGCCAUGUACAUGCAGUGCCCGGUCAUUGCCGUGAAUUCGGGUGGGCCCUUGGAGUCCGUCGUCCACGGCGUCACAGGGUUUCUGUGUGAGCCUGACCCAGUGCACUUCUCAGAAGCGAUGGAAAAGUUCAUCCACGAGCCUUCCCUAAAAGCCACAAUGGGACUGGCAGGGAGAGCCAGGGUGAAGGAAAAGUUUUCCUCUGCAGCUUUUACAGAACAGCUCUACCAGUAUGUCACCAAACUGCUGGUAUAAUCCCACUUUUUAAAGGCCUGUAUGCUGUAUUCAUUAGUACCAUUUUUUUGUAGACCGUAGCCUCACUUUUGAAACCGAAAA